GCCGGCACCUCGCAGCUGCAGACACCAUGCAGGUGGCCGCCGUCCUCGUGGCGCUCGCCCUGGCGCUGGCCGUUCCCAGCUCCUCGGCUGAGCGGAAGUGUAUCCUGACUGGAACCUGGGUCAACGACUUCGGCUCCAAUAUGACCAUCAAUGCAGUGAACGACAAAGGCGAAUUCAGCGGCACCUACAACACCUCUGUGGCAGACAAUCCAAACGAUAUCCGGGGAUCUCCACUGCAGGGAUUCCAGCACAGCCGUGAACAGCCCACCUUCGGUUUCACCGUCAAAUGGAAUUUCUCAGAAUCCACCUCUGUCUUUGUGGGCCAGUGCUUUGUGGACAAGCAUGGACAGGAAACUUUGAAGACCGUGUGGCUAAUGCGUUUGCGGGUCAACAACAUCCACGACAACUGGCAGGCCACCAGAGUCAAUGUCAACACCUUCACCCGCAGUGUAGGACACUGUACGGAGUGA